AUGAAAAAGCAAAUUCUCUAGUCAGGAGAGAAGGUCAUUACCAUUGAUGAUACUAUUAACUCAAAAUAGCCAACACCUGUAUAACCAGUUGUUUAACAAUUAUCUGCCUAUUAAAUAUUUAUGAAGGAUAAGAAGGAGGAGGGCAGAUUCUCACUUCAAGUUCUUAGUUAAAUGUGGAGGGAUUUACCUCAAGAUUACAAGGAAUAGUAAUACAUAUUAAAUAUUCAAGAGAUAUUAAGAAAGGGCCAGACAAUUGAAAGAGUAGGUUUAACAAAAUUAAUUGCCCCCUCCUUAAAGUAUGUCUCUUCUAUUAACAAAUUAUCAGCUUUCUUCCCAUUGUCUAGAUUGAAAACCAUUCUCAAAGAGGAUGACUAGAAGCCACAAUUCAAACCAGAAGCAUAUCAAUAUAUGUUAAAAGCUAUUGAAGAAUUUGGUGAGCUUUUACUAAACAAAGUAAAGGAUCAAAUUAAACAAGAUUAAAGAAAAACAAUCAAAGAGGAUGAUUUAAUAACUGUGAUCAAAGAGAAUCAAGAAUUAUAAUUUCUGAAUUGUUUAGCCAUUCACCAUUAAAAAAAGAAAACAAGUUAAACUCAAAAUUAAUAAGGCAAAUCAAAAACUUUAGGUGCAUUAGACAAAUUUUUAGAAAACAAUAAUGGCAUAUGA